AUGCAAACAAUACCACAGAACAGACUCUCUCAGCCAUAUGCGCGUUCCAACAACUUCCACGGACCCAAGCGACAACUCUUAGGAAACCAAGCAGGCCACGCGCCUCCCUCAUGGCGAACAAACGGGCCCGUGCCUGUGCCACAGGGUGGAAAGGGCAGAGGGGCUCCAGCAGAUAGUGGGAGCAAGAUAUUUUUGAGCAGGCUGCCCGUUGACGUCGCUGAGAAAGAUGUGGAAGAACUGUUCAGGAAGACAGUUGGGCCAUUGAAAGAGUCGUUCUUGAUCUACAACUCGCAGGGGCGAUCAAAGGGCAUGGCAGUAGUUACGUUUCAGCGCCCUGGCGAUGCAGCUCUUGCUAGGGAAAAGUAUGACGGGAAGAUUGUCGAUGGACGACGGAACAUCAAGAUUGAAGUCAUCGUCGACGGGGUGCCACAUAAUAUGGGCGCUCCGCGAGGUCCCCCGCCCCUACCGACUCUACUGACUAGACUGGGUGGGGCGCCAGCAGCGGCGUCAACAUUAUUGGUAGCCACUCCUAUGGCUGGUCCAAGCACGGUCACACCUCGAGCCGGCCCAGUUUCCAGGUUACCCCAACACUCUAUGAAAGCACGCAUAGCUCCCGUCGUAGCCGCUGCCGUUCCUCCACGUCGAAUCCGGCAGAAGAAGGGCCCCAAGCGAUUGAAGAAGAGGGCCCCGAUGACGGUCGAUGACCUCGAUAAAGAUAUGGAAGACUAUCGUGCUUCUGCGCCGGAUGUUGGUAUGGGUAUUGCUUGA